CUGCAGCUGGAGCGGUGGCGUUUGGUGGAGACUCGAUGGAAGCAUCCUUUUUCCUGCCAAGCUGACAGGCUUCAAAGUAAACUGGAUGGCUUCUACAGGGAGCCAGGUCUCUGAUAUAGACAAGAUUCUUGGAUACUUCAGUGAUGGCGCACCCCCCACCAAAAAGCCCAGGAAGCUGCUUCCAAGCCUAAAAACUAAGAAGCCUCGGGAACUUGUGCUGGUGAUCGGAACAGGCAUUAGUGCCGCGGUUGCACCACAGGUUCCAGCCCUGAAGUCCUGGAAGGGCUUAAUUCAGGCCUUACUGGAUGCCGCCAUUGACUUUGAUCUUCUAGAAGAUGAGGAGAGCAGAAAAUUUCAGAAAUGUCUCCAUGAAGACAAAAACCUUGUCCACGUUGCCCAUGACCUUAUCCAGAAACUCUCUCCUCGAACUAGUAAUGUUCGAUCCACAUUUUUCAAGGACUGUUUAUAUGAAGUAUUUGAUGAUUUGGAGUCAAAGAUGGAAGAUUCUGGAAAACAGCUCCUUCAGUCAGUUCUCCAUCUGAUGGAAAAUGGAGCCCUGGUAUUAACUACAAAUUUUGAUAAUCUGCUGGAACUGUAUGCAGCAGAUCAGGGAAAACAACUCGAAUCCCUUGACCUUACUGAUGAGAAAAAGGUUCUAGAGUGGGCUCAGGAGAAGCGGAAGCUGAGCGUCUUACACAUCCAUGGGGUCUACACCAAUCCUAGUGGCAUUGUCCUCCAUCCAGCUGGGUAUCAGAAUGUGCUCAGGAACACUGAAGUUAUGAGAGAGAUUCAGAAACUCUAUGAAAACAAGUCAUUUCUUUUCCUGGGAUGUGGCUGGACUGUGGAUGACACCACUUUCCAAGCCCUUUUUCUGGAGGCUGUGAAGCAUAAAUCUGACUUAGAACAUUUCAUGCUGGUUCGGAGAGGAGAUGUGGAUGAAUUCAAGAAGCUUCGAGAAAACAUGCUGGACAAAGGAAUUAAGGUCAUCUCCUAUGGAAAUGAAUAUGCUGAUCUCCCAGAAUAUUUCAAGCGACUGACAUGUGAGAUCUCCACGAGGGGUAGAUCAGGGAUGGUGAGAGAAGGUCAGCUAAAUGGCUCUUCGGCGGCACACAGUGAAAUAAGAGACUGUAGAACAUGAGAGGGGGCUGGAGAGAUCAUCAGCAUUAGACCAAGGUGUCAGGCCCGACUGUGGAGAGUAUUUAACAAGUAAACUUAUAAGAACCCAACACUGCUCCGUGGAAGUACCAAAACCGAGAGGUUGAAGGUUGGGGGUAGAGUUGGGAGUACGGGGGGGUGUUCCAGCUCAGUCCUUCAUGCCCACUGGUUCUUGAUCUUCUGCGGCCUCUUCCAGUUCACGAAUCCCCAAGUGACAACGGGGCCCAGUGCUGCCCCCACCCCUGUGCUGGACACGCCUGUGUCCACACAACAGAUCAGUGCGACACCUCCACUGACUGUGGCCCCAGCCCUGCAUGAAGGACUUGGGAGCUAGACGCCGUGGGGUCACUGGGGCCCUUGUUGCAGUUUUGUACUUACUCUAUACCUGGUUUUUCAAUUAAGCUUAAUGGCUUUUUUAAAACAUGACUUGAAGCUCUAGUUUUCUAGACCUUUUACAGUGUACAGUAUUUUACAUAACUCAGCUGUAUUAAAAGCUUGUUCAUUUAC